CGUGCCCUGCACAGCCAUUAUGCAAGAAACCUCGAUCUUUAUUAUGCGAUAUAAGCGCUUAUUUUAAUAGAAUUAGCGAAGACAGAAGGGCAAAUAUUUUAUAGAGGAAGCUUCGUUCACUGUCACUUUUUUUGCUAACCUCAAGACAUUUUCAAGAUAUCCUUUCCCCAUAAUCAGUAUCGGUUUACAUCUGGACGUGUUAAUAUAAACUUUGACUUUUACUGUAUUAUAUUCAUGAAUAAUGCUGGGCGACGCGUUUGCACUUCGUCUUGAAUCACGCGUGGAAAAUAAAUCAGUGAAGAUAAACCGAUCCAAACAAGCGCUGUGGAAGAAGAGAGGACCAAAUGUUUACAACAAACCCAACAAAACAUCAUUACACAUCAUCAAAAGCAGCUCUAAACCUCCAUUAACCAGCCAUGAAGAGUGUAAACCAGCUCAGACUAAACCUAUCACAAAUAAACAGUUAAAGUCCAAAAGAGCAAAUGCUGAACGAGGAAGUCAGUUCAGCAGACCAUAUGUAAACCUAAACAACCGAAGACAGAGGAGCAACACUCCACAUGGCAAAAUACUCAAGACAUGCACAGAGAAGAGCAUGCUAACCCCGGUCGAGGGCAUCAGGAACGUUUUAUCUCCUGAGCCCUCCUCAGUUGCACAGAAGACAUAUGCUGGAGCCAAGUUCAGUGAGCCCCCCUCACCCAGCGUCCUUCCCAAACCACCCCAUCACUGGGUGGGUGAGUAUGUUCAUCAGCACAACUGCAGUCAAGAGCAGAUGUCUGUGCAGCUGAAAAACUUGCUGAAGGUCUAAGCAAAACCAUGAGAUGUAAUCUGAUGACAGAUGUGGACUUGAGAAAUUUGUGACUCCUUAGAAAAUGACAUGAAGUGUUAGCAAUUUGCAACUUUGCAAUUGUGUCAGGUAAGCGGCCUUGAGUUACACGAGUACUUUAAAUACUUGUGGAAGUUUUAAAAAAUGAAGACAUGUAAUAUGUGUAUUUUUUGUUAUUUUAUUUGAGCAUGUUUUGGCACUGAAGCUCAUUAAACCCUUAUCAUGAUAUGUUGCAUUUAUGUAAUUAGAUGGGAGAAUCUUACAAAAACAUGUGUAGGUCAUAUUUCAACUCAAAAUCAAAAAAAAGAAAAACAAGAGAUUAUACUUUGUAUUAAGAAAAUAAAGGUGCCUUUUAGGACCAUUAAGCUUAAACCAUAAACAUUUUACAUUUGAGGGUUUUUUUAUGUAAUUUUCAUUAAAAUUAUGAUUUUCAUUUGAUUCUCAUUAUUGUUAUACAGUAUUUUUACUGUAUUAAAACAAUAUUUUAACCAGUGUAAAUUAAGUACUACCAAAUGAAACUUUGUUUUUUUUUAUUACUGUUAUGAGAAUACAGAAAUGUAUAUAACAUUUUAAAAUAGUGUCACAAUGCAAAAAAAAAAUAAAAAAUAAAUAAAUAAAGAAAGAAAGAAACCCGUAGUGGUCCUUAAAAUGGGAUUCAUUUUCUUUAUGCAAAAUAUAAUUUAUUGUUUCUUUCUUCUGAUUUUGUGGUGAAAUUUUACCUGGACAUGUCCUCGGCAGGUUUCAUAAGAUUCACCCUCAUAACAUUUUGCACAGGACUGAAAAACAAAUAAGACAUUUGCGACAGUGUUGUGCUGGUGGAUUCUGUUAAAAUGCUAAGAAUACACUGUUUGUGUUGAACAGUCCUCAUGAAGAACUGGGCAGGUUACAGUGAGAAAUGUGUAAUUUUAACAUUAUAUUAAAGCACUUUGGUCAGUAUAUGCAAUUACUUUUGUUUGUUUUCAAGCAGUAAUAUAUAUAAUUUGUUUCAACAAUUAUCAUUUGUAACAUCUGCAUCAGUUUAAAAAACAAAAAUAACAGGCUGAUUCAAUUGGACAAAUAGUAAUUUUUAACUUUUUAUACUGCACUUUCUGAAAUAAAGGUAAUUGG